GUGCGCCUGCGUGCGAGCGGCGGCCGUCGGGGCGAGGGGAGGAGGGCGGUUUGGCCCAUCUCAUCCCAUCCGCAUUCAUCCGUUUCCGUCCGUCGUCAUCCAUCGCCAUCGAUGCUCCCAGGGAACCGGAGCGGGUUUGGCAGGUGAGAGAGCAGCUCAGGGAGCAGGUGGGAGAUGCCACUCUUCGGGAGUACAUUCAGUCCCAAAAAGACGCCACCUCGGAAGUCCGCCUCCCUCUCCAAUCUGCACUCGCUGGACAGAUCCACCCGAGAAGUUGAGCUGGGCCUCGACUAUGGCACUCCCACCAUGAACCUGGCUGGCCAGAGCCUGAAGUUUGAAAAUGGCCAGUGGAUAGCAGAGAUCGGGGGCAGCGGAGGCGGGGACCGCAGAGAGGCCCAGCGCCUGCGCAAGCGGAACCAGCAGCUGGAAGAAGAGAACAAUCUCCUGAGACUCAAAGUGGACAUCUUGCUGGACAUGCUCUCCGAGACGACGGCCGAGUCCCACCUCAUGGAGAAGGAGCUGGAUGAACUGAAGAGUCAUGUCCGGAGGAGGAAGUGAAGGCCAGAGAGGGCGGCAGAGGAGAGAAAUCUCCCCUUUCCGGCACAGAAGGACUCGAUACGAUCGUUCAGCCGAGGCGGCGGAUUGGAGUCAGGGAGGGAGAAGUCGGUAGAACACGGGGCUUUCUCCUCGCUUCGGCCUAGGAGACGGACUUGUAAAAUACGGAAGGAAUCUCCGGGCGAGGGGAGUACAUGACCCGGCUUACGCAUAACGUCCUUCACGAAUGCAGCGGUCCGGCGGCUACCGCGAUCAACCCCGUUGUGUUCUUCACACUCAUCCCUACCCCGACUUUAGGCUCGUUGCAGGCCUGGUCCAUAGGUAACUAGCUAACUUCCUCCUGUAAGGGAGCAAGUGUGCGGGUAAACCGCUUCACCCCAGCUGCCACGUUCUCUGUAUGUCUGACUCCAGUUAAGCCCCCACUUCCUCUUACUUGUUCUUGGAGGAUUUCCCCUGGAUAGCCACAAGCAGAGGAGAGGGACGGGGAAUCCGCCCAGCCUUCUUUUCCUCGGUACCAGCUCCCCCUGCCCUUCUCCUGUUAGUGCAAUUUCCAAUUUUUUAGUUUCCUUUUUUAUUAAACGAGAUUAAGUAAAGCUU